AUGGGCCCGAAGAAAGGCGGCGCCGCCGCAAAACAGAAGGGGAAUGCCACCGAGGAGGUAGAAGAGACUCUGCAGGCUGUUGUCCUGGCAGACACUUUCGAAACGCGAUUCGAGCCGUUCACCCUCGACAAGCCUCGGUGCCUCCUGCCCCUCGCGAACACCCCGCUUAUCGAGUAUACGUUCGAAUUUCUCGCCAAUGCCGGCGUGGAGGAGGUAUUCCUCUACGGUGGUGCCCAUUCCGAUCAACUGGAGAAAUACAUCAAUGCUUCAAAAUGGAGGGCUCCGUCGUCACCCUUCAAGCAAUUGACCUUCCUGAAAUCGACCUCGACGUCCGUCGGCGACGUGAUGCGUGAUCUCGAUGGAAAGCACCUCAUCACAGGAGAUUUCAUCGUCGUGAGCGGUGAUGUGAUCAGCAACCUCCCCAUCGAAGGCGCUCUGACGGCCCACCGGGCCCGUCGCGAGGCGGACAAGAACGCCAUCAUGACCAUGAUCCUCCGGGAAGCGGGCCGGAACCACCGCACCAAGUCGACGUCGGUGUCGCCGGUGUUUGUCGUAGAUCCCACCAAGGACCGCUGUCUACACUACGAAGAGAUCGACCAUCACUCGUCCGAGUCGUCGCGGCUGAACAUCGACGCCGAGAUCAUCCUGUCGCACGCAGAGCUGGACAUCCGCCAGGACCUGAUCGACUGCAACAUUGACAUCUGCACACCCGACGUGCUGAGUCUGUGGUCGGACAGCUUCGACUACCAGGCCCCGCGGAAGCAGUUCCUGUACGGCGUGCUGAAGGACUACGAGCUGAACGGGAAGACGAUCCACACGCACAUCAUCAAGGACUGCUACGCGGCGCGGGUGAGAAACCUCAAGGCCUACGAUGCCGUUAGCAAGGACAUCAUCUCGCGGUGGACGUAUCCUCUCUGCCCGGACACGAACCUCCUCCCGGGACAUUGCUACGAGCUCCGUAACGGAAACCGCUACCAGGAGCAUGGCGUGACGCUGGCCCGCUCGUGCGUGAUCGGCCGCCGCACGGUGAUCGGCCAGGGCACCAGCAUCGGCGACAAGACGACGGUCAAGGACACGGUGCUGGGGCGAAACUGCAAGAUCGGGAAGAACGUCACGCUCGAGGGCGCGUACGUGUGGGACGGAGCCGUGAUUGGUGAUGGCACGACGGUGCACCAGGCGAUUGUCGCGGAUGAGGUGGUAGUCGGCAAUAGCUGUACGAUCCACCCCGGAGCCCUUCUCUCGUAUGGGGUGAAGAUCGCCGAUGGAGUCACCGUGAGCGAAGGCAAGCGGAUCGCGAAUGCGUUCCGGGAAGAAGACGGUGGAGUGCCGGAUACGGAGCCCGAGGUGGUCGGCAAAGAUGGCCAUGGGUACGAGUAUGUGCCGUAUGAGGACGAGGAUGAAGACGACACCGCGAGUAACGCGUCGUCCGGACUGGUGUACAACAUGGCGCACCUCUCUCUGUCGAGCGAGUCGAUCUCAACGUUGUCGUCGGAUGUGUCCGACUUCGGGGACAGCCGCAGCUUCGGGACGUCGUACUCGGAUGAUGAGGAACAAGAUCAUUUCGUGCAUGACGCGGCGACGAGCGUGUAUGACAGUCUUCGGGAUGGUGUUAGCUGCGAUGUGGUGAACCUGGAACUGGUCAGUCUGCGCAUGACGGCCAACGCGUCGGACCACGAAGUGCGACGUGCGGUGGUGUCGGCGUUCAUGAAGCGGACGCAGCAGCUGAUGGAAGCGGGCCGGGCGGCGGGCGACGUGGUGAAGGAGAUAUUCGGCAAGUAUGGGGAGAUCAUCGAACGGGCGUUGUUCGACCGCGAGAGCAGCAAGAAGCCGGACCAGGUGGAUCUCCUGCUUCUCCUGCAGCAGGACCUGGCGCACCGCAACCGCGGAGACAUGGUGCUCUUGUUUGCAGCCAAGGAGCUGUAUGACCUGGAGAUUGUGGAGGAAGAGGCGUAUGAGCAGUGGUGGGCGGAUGAGCGGUCCAGCACCAGCGAGGAGAUGCGCAAGGUGCGCAGCCAGACGCAACAAUUUGUGGAUUGGCUGGCAAAUGCAGAGGAGGAGGAGAGCAGCGAGGAGGAGGAGAGCGACGAUGAGUCGAACUGA